UGCACAGCAUGGUGGGAGAAGGAGACUCUUCCAUAGGCAGCAGUGCCAGGUGUGCUCAGACCUUCCUUAGCAGUCACCUGAGAACCCACAUUAUCUAGACACCCCACAGCAGGAGGGAUUUGGUCAGAUCCCAUAUAUCCAACAACCCCCCCACAGCAAUGCACCAGGGCUCCUGGCUGCACCUGGGCUGUUCACAGCAUUGCUGCAAGUCCCUGCAGCUGUCCUGUCCACCUGUGGGGACACCAGAGGGGAGCAUGUCACAGCCCCGUUGGGACAUCGGGCAAAUGGUGAAGCAAGGAAGCUGGGAGAGACAUGGGGAGCCAUUCAGGAAGACUCGCCUGCUCUAUUGCUUCCAAAGGAUUUCCUGCAAGGUUUUCCUUUCACUCCUUUUUCACUUUCUUGUAAACUGACAUUGUUUCAGCCUUGUCUGUGUCCUGUCUGACACUGUCCAUGUGGACAGGCCGCCAGAAGAGCAGGGAAUUGCCUCCUAUCCUUGAGGAUUCUCCACCCAGUAUUGCCACAGACAACAUGGGCCGUAUUAAACACUGCUAAAUCCUGUGAUGUCUGAUUUGCUGUCCAGUAAGGGUUGCAGGAGGUACAGGAAAUGAAGGGAGACCCACCAAGAUCUGGACUGGGAGGAUAUUUUUGAGGGUUUGUCAGUGAUUACACUAGGGAAGGCAAACUCAGGAAAGUUAUUUUUCAGCGUAAAGGCUGACACUAGAAAGGAAACACAUUGCCAUGAGGUAUGUUUCUCUGUGGAUUUCACAGGAAUUCAAUUUGGUCUCGUGUCACUCCUCUCUCAGGUCUGCUGGAGGUAACUUUUGGGGACAGCAGGCUGCACAUCGAACCCAGAGACACUGAACUUGUCCUCAACCUCCACAGCACCUUCUCCCUCCUGUGCUACGGGGACAGAGAGCUGGUCUGGGAACGGGAGGGGCAGCCCCUCACUGCCUCGCUGGAGCACAGGGAUGGUGUCUUUGUCAGCAAUCUCACCCUCAGGAACGUGACAGGCCAUCACACCGGGGAGUACACAUGCACCUACAGCCCUGAGCAGGCUCCAGAGCCAGCGGAGAGGAGAGCCCUGUACAUCUAUGUUCCAGAUCCCUCCCUGGUUUUCCUCCCUGCAGUCACCUCUGAAGAGGUCUUCAUCUUCAUCACAGGCUACACAGAGGCUGUCAUCCCAUGCCGUGUGACCAACCCACAGAUGCAGGUCACCCUCUAUGAGAAGAAGGUGGAGAACCCCAUCCCAGCUACAUAUGAUCCACAACAGGGAUUUAAAGGCUUCUUUGAGGAUAAGACCUAUUUCUGCCGGACAUUUGUGGAUGACCAGGAGGUGGAUUCUGACACUUUCUACGUUUACAGGAUCCAGGUGUCAUCUGUGAAUGUGUCCAUCAGCGCAGUGCAGACCAUGGUGCGCCAGGGAGAAAACGUCACCGUGAUGUGCACAGUGAGCGGCAACGAGCUCGUCAACUUCAACUGGGAUUAUCCCCGCAAGCAAGCAGGGAAGGCUGUGGAGCCAGUGACUGAUUUCCUGCCUGGAUCCACUCAUGAGAUCCGCUCCAUCCUCAUCAUCCAGAAUGCAGAGCUGGAGGACAGUGGGACCUAUGUCUGCAAUGUCUCUGAGGGCUACCAUGAGAAAACAGACCGGAAAGACAUCACUGUUCAAGUGAUCGAGCGUGGCUUUGUGCACUUCCAUACCCACCUGCCCAGCACGGUGUAUGCUGAGGUCCACAAGAGCCACACUAUCCAGGUGGAACUGGAGGCUUAUCCCCAACCCAGCAUUGUGUGGCUGAAGAACAACAAGACAUUGACCAUGGAGAGCAGCAGCGAGUUCACUAUUACGAGCAGGAACCUGUCAGAAACCAGGUACCAGACAGCUCUGGUGCUGGUGCGGGUGAAGCAGGAAGAAGGAGGAUUUUACACCAUUCGGGCUUCCAAUGAGGAUGAUGAACAGGAGCUCUCCUUCCAUCUGCAGAUAAAUGUGCCAGCUAAAGUCGUGGAUCUCAAGGAGAACAGCAGUGCCAGCAGUGGGGAGCAGACUGUAACAUGCUCUGCUGAAGGCAUGCCCCAGCCAGAGAUCAGCUGGUCCACCUGCAGCGACAUCAAAUGGUGCAGCACCAAGGGCCAGCCCACGCGGCUGCUGGGGAACGAGUCGGCCGAGAUGGGCGUGCAGACCAACGCCUCGUACCUCGCGGAGCGGCGGCUCUACCGCGUCAACAGCACCCUGCAGCUGCACAGGGUGCACGAGCCCCUGCUCCUCAGGUGCACUGUGCAGAACUUCCUGGGCACCAACUCCCAGGACAUCACUCUGGUCCCACACGCCUUGCCGUUCAAGGUGGUCAUCAUUUCUGUCAUCCUGGCCUUGCUGGUCCUCACUGUGAUCUCCCUGAUCAUCCUGAUCGUGCUGUGGCAGAAGAAACCUCGUUAUGAAAUCCGCUGGAAGGUGAUUGAAUCAGUCAGCUCUGAUGGGCACGAGUACAUCUAUGUGGAUCCCAUGCAGCUUCCUUAUGACUCCACCUGGGAGGUGCCCAGGGACAAGCUGGUGUUAGGACGCACUCUCGGCUCCGGGGCCUUUGGUCGUGUGGUGGAGGCAACAGCCCAUGGCCUGAGCCAUUCUCGGUCCACCAUGAAAGUGGCAGUCAAAAUGCUCAAAUCCACAGCCCGCAGUAGUGAGAAGCAAGCCCUCAUGUCUGAGCUGAAGAUCAUGAGCCACCUGGGACCUCACCUCAACAUCGUCAACUUGCUGGGGGCCUGCACCAAAGGAGGACCCAUCUACAUCAUCACCGAGUACUGCCGCUACGGGGACCUGGUGGAUUACCUGCACCGCAACAAGCACACCUUCCUGCAGUCCUACGGGGACAAGGCACGGCGGGAGGCGGAGCUCUACGGCAACACCCCCAGCGAGGACCAUGUGCACAGCCACCUCUCCAUGUCUGUCGAGAGUGACGGGGGCUACAUGGACAUGAGCAAGGACGACUCCCUGGACUAUGUGCCCAUGUCUGACAUGAAGGGUGAAGUCAAGUACGCUGACAUCGAGUCCUCUAACUAUGGCACCCCCUACGAGCUGGACAGCUACUCCCCCUCAGCUCCUGAAAGGACAGACCGGGUGACACUGAUAAAUGAGUCUCCACUCCUCAGCUACAUGGACUUGGUGGGCUUCAGCUUCCAGGUGGCCAAUGGGAUGGAGUUCCUGGCUUCCAAAAAUUGUGUGCACCGUGACCUGGCUGCCAGGAAUGUCCUCAUCUGUGAGGGGAAGCUGGUGAAGAUCUGUGACUUUGGCCUGGCGAGGGACAUCAUGAGGGAUUCCAACUAUAUCUCCAAGGGCAGUACCUUCUUGCCCCUUAAGUGGAUGGCUCCAGAGAGCAUCUUCAACAACCUCUACACCACCCUGAGUGAUGUGUGGUCUUUUGGGAUUCUUCUUUGGGAGAUAUUCACUCUAGGAGGGACUCCAUACCCUGAGCUGCCUAUGAAUGAACAGUUCUACAAUGCCAUCAAACGUGGCUAUCGGAUGUCCAAACCCACCCAUGCCUCUGAUGAAAUCUACAACAUCAUGCAGAAGUGCUGGGAGGAGAAGUUUGAGAUCAGGCCAUCCUUCUCACAGCUGGUGGUGCUUAUGGGAAACCUCCUGGUGGAUUGCUACAGAAAGAGGUACCAGCAGGUGGAUGAAGAGUUCAUGAAGAGUGACCACCCCGCUGUUGUCCGCACAAGACCCACAAUUCCUGUGCUGAACAACGCCCGCCUCGCUGCCAGCUCCCCCUCCAGCAGCGUCCUCUACACAUCUGUGCACCAGAACGGGGGAGAGAAUGAUUAUAUCAUCCCUCUUCCCGACCCCAAACCUGAGGCAAGCUGUGACCUCCCUCAGGAGGCCUCCAUCAGCAGGGCCAGCUCUAUGCUGAACGAGGCCAACACAUCAUCUACAAUAUCCUGUGACAGCCCUCUGGGCCUCCGGCAGGACGAGGAGCAGGAAUCCGACCCACAGCCAGGCUGCCAGGAGCCAACCACAGGACACCAAGAGGUGGAGGAGAGUUUCCUGUAGUCAGAGCUGGGCUGACUUUGCAUCUCCUUAUGGAGAGGCCAGCUGAGGGGCUGACCCAGAUGUCACAGAGAGCCAUGCUUGUGCUUGAACAUCAGGACAUCCCCUCCUGUCCCAGCAUUCCUCCUUCCCUCCUGUCUCCCAGUGCUGGGUGGGGAUUUAAAGACUUCUCCACUGCCAUCCCCUUGCCCCUUAAAAAGAGGUGGCUCAGUGCCAGAAACCCUCUAGAUCACUGCCACAUCCUCCUCAGUGAUCAAACCACUGCAGGAGGGAGACAUCUCACAGACCAGCAUCUUUUCAAGUGGAAGACAUGGGUUAGAUCUCCAUGAGAUGCCACUUUCUGCAUUGCCAAGAUGAUACUCCAGCCUCUUCCUCCUCCAUGGCAAGGAGUUUCAUCUCCUCUGCACCAGCACUUCUCUGAUGGUCUCAGCACCAGCCACACCAUGGUUGUGUGAAAUGCCACUGGGACAGAUAAUCCAUCUGGAGCCCAUUGCUUGGGUGUAGAGAACCUGCAACACCAACCUUCAGCUGCUGGAGCUCAGAAGUACAUUGGAUUCUCCUCCAAGCACAGUCAAGUCCUGAAGAGGCCAGCCAAUGUCUGGGAGGUGUGGAAUUACCAUUUUCCUCUCUUGACAGUGCUUCUAUGGUGGAUAGAGCACCACAAGCACUACAGGUAUUCACAGCUCUGGGGCACAGCUCUGCAUCCACUCAGAGGCUGUCACACCCUUUUGUGCCCAGCAUGGCACCAGGAGCCCCAGGAGCAUGCCAGGAUCUCUAAAUGCCCUCACAAUGACUUGGUUAUAGAAGCAAUGAGGGCAGUCACUGUUGAUUGUGUUGUCUGUGUGGACACUAAGCUAAUUAUUCUCCAUUGAAGAUUUAAAGGGAACAAAUAUAUUAAUCCACUAGCCAGGGCCAGUAUAAGGAAGCAAUAUGGUUAUUCAUUAAUCUACUGCCACUACACCCAGCUCAUCUGCUGGGAAAUCAUAUAACCACGCCAGCUGCAGAACCCUCGUGCCUUAUCUUUCGGAAGCAAAGGCUCACCUUUGAUAAACUGUUCACCCAAACACCCCUUCUCAGGAUGGGAGGGCUCACUGUUCCCUCCUGAGUCACAGCAAGAUUAUGGGCAGAAAUAAGAAUGCCAGAACACCAACGCAGGGAUAGCUCCAAAGAAAGAGAGGGAGAGAGGCUGGGAAGCUCCUUGGUCACAGCUGAACUGUAUCUCACACCCUGCCGCCCUCUGGGGCCAGGCAGAGCCACUUGCUGCCUGCCAGGGCUGUGAAAUGUCACAGGGAGCCAAGCAGGGCAAGAGGAAUCGGGGAGGAUUCCUCUCUCUCAGACUGUUUUGAAAACUAAACGGGCCCAGACCUUCCCCCUGCUUCUCACCUCCUUCCCCACUUCUCACAGAUGGGUCAGGGGCUUCUUGUGCUCUCAGCUGGCACUUGAACAAGCAGGCUCAAAGCAGGAGGAAUACUAAGCCUUGGAAAUCAGUUGUGAACCCCACCUCUGCAGAGAUGAAAGCUGGACCCCCAAAACCACAGGUCUGACACCACAGAAGACUGCAGGUUUUUCUCUGAAAUGAGUUUUACUUCACACAGAGCUCUGUUCACUGCAUGUCCCCUGCUCCCAUUAACUCUUCAUUGUCCUACUCAUGCACAUCUCUCUGUGCAUCCUACAGGACCUGCACAGGAAGGUUUACAAAAUCAGAAAUUCAAUCAGCAUAUUGCUGGGCUUCUGCCACCUCAGAGCCACUGAGAAUUUAAUUUUUUUUUUUAAACAUGGAACUUCUGCCAGAAAUCCCCAGCAAAACAGCUUCUGUUUUAAGUUUUCUACCAUUCCAGUGCUACCACUUAUGCAGCUAAAGGAGUAGGUGUUUUGUGGGCUGAUGUCCUUGGUAAAAUGUGAACAUAAGAAAUAGCACUUAUAUUGGCAGCCAGCAGAGGAUAUUUUCAGCCUAUGUGGUCAGAUUCCCCACCAUCCAUAGGAAACACACUGUGAAUGACAACUGUUUUUCCAUCCUCUGUUCCUCCUGCUUGUAAUGAAGGAGUCAUCUGCUCUGGCCACAGUUCAUUAAAUGAUCCUCACUGCAGAGAAGCAGUAAUUUAUGAGAUCCUUUGGAUCAGAUCACUUGAUUUUUUUAACAUGUAAGGUGCUUGGUAGGAUCUGUGUCACUGCAACUUGAGCCCAUAGGAUAGCACAUCAGAUUGUCCCAAUAGCCCCUGUCUGCACCAACUCCACUUUUAAUUCAUCCUUCUCUAUCAAAGGUGACCAGAAGUACCCAGUACUCCAGGUGAGGUCAAACCUAGACCUCACACAGGGCAUUAAUAGUUCUGGCCUGUGCUGGUCUCCACUUGCCUGGUGUAGCUUUGGAUAAUAUUGGCUUUUUCCCAGCCACAGCAUGCUGAGAGCUUGGAGUCAUACUCUGACCAGUCUAGGCACCUACGUCUUUCUACACUUCCAGCGUUUCUAACCAAGCUACUCCCUGCUGUUCCAGACAUUGGGUCAUCAGCAAAUUUUGUUAACAAACUGUUAUUUUUGGGCUGAACUGACUAAUAAAAAUAUUAGAUACUUCUAGCAACAAGAACAAUCUGAAAGAGCUACUUUUACUACCUCCAUCCAGCCCAAAGAUUUCACCAUCAAUUAACAGCUUCUCACUUUCCCUUUGGCCAUUUUCUUAUUUCAAAAAUCAUGUUCUAAACUUCAUCUUGUACAGAUUUAGGUCCUAAUGAAGUCAUUAAUUUUCCACUAUCAAAUAAUUUCCACAGUCCUGAAAGGAGAGAUCUCCCUGCUGGGGGAGCUCAGGUAUUCUGUCCUAUUAGCUGGGCAUUAGCUAAUUUGUAUGCCUAUUGCAUUUUGUCCCAUUUGUAGAUUUACUGUAAUUAUUAUUUGCAUCAAAAUCUGUUCUGGCUGCUGAUGGGAUGCUACCCUCACCUCCCCAUUCCUCCUUAAAGUAGGUACGCCAGACUCUUUGCAAACUGGGGCCAUUCUGCACUCCAGAGGAAUAUGAAACUUGCCCUUGGCCCCUUGAUUUUAAGGGCUGAGUCUUGCACUUUGUGGUAUUUUCCUGUCCUUACUCAACCUUUCACAGCACCUUUAGCAAGUUGCAGUGACCAGACCUUCUCAGCCAGGGACAAGCUGGCAGCUGGACAAAGGCAACAUAUUUUGCUAAGCAUCCCUCAAAGAGAAGGCUUGGCAGAGCUGGGGAUGACAGAUCCAGCCCCACACUCCCUCUCUCUCUCCUGCCAACAUUCCAGUCCCUGCAUGGCCUGUCAGGUGAGAGCCAGGGAAAUGUUUGGCUGUUCUGUGCCCAUCAGUUUUGUAGCCAUAAUUUCUCUGUUGAGACUCUGAAGGGAACUGGUCCCGCUGAGUUUUCUGUUUUGAUGAUCAGUUUUUUUGUUUGGGUGUGUUUUUAUGUU